AGUCUAACCAAAACAUUUGAUCGAACCAUCAGAACCCCUAAUCAAAGCAGAAUUUAUCGCUCCCUCUUUUCUGGGGAGCUUCUCCAUCGUCCUGUGAGUAUUUCAGGAAGCGCAAUGGUGUGGAUUCUCAACUUUAUUGUCUUCUCUCUCCUCUGCUUCUCAACUUUAACUUCUGGAAAUGGAGUUGAUCAAAAGGUCUUGAUGGUUGGGAAUGAGCUGUUUAAGGAAACUCUACCGUUCCAAAUGGGAUCGCGGUAUUAUUUGCUUCAAGGGUUGAAACCUGAUACUUGGUAUGAAGUGAAGAUAUCAUACCCUGCUUCUAUACCGGCUAUGUUUUCUUUACAGUUGAAGAGAGGUGUUUCUGGUGUUGGAAUGAACAGGCUAAGAAAAUUGCUGAAUACUGAGAAACUGAUUUUCAAGGCGGAGAACCUGGACGAGGUUAAUCGUCAGGGUGGAUUUUAUGUUCUGAUAACUGUGGAGCCGGAGGGAUUUGUUGCAAUACCCGGUGUACAGGAAAGGGAGAAUAUAUUGUUCAAUAUAGUUUGUGAUGAGCUGAUGUUGGGCAUUCCUCACGAAGCUUGGCUGGUUGCAGCUUUAGCAUUGCUAUGCGUAGUAGUGGGUUUUUCUGUACCUCGAUUUCUUCCACCUUUUCUUCUGCCAAAGGAUCAAGACAUCAAAAGAGCCGGACAGUUGGUCACAGAAAAGGACUCCUAGCCCGGCCUUCACUUCUAAAGUUGUAAUUGAUAAUUAGGUUUUUAAGCAGUGGCCCUGCCAGAACCAGGAAACUAAUGAACAGCCUGAGGAACUGCCUGAGACAGAAUCGGGAAACUAUGGAUAAAUGUGAUGACGUUCACUCAUGGAGCUGAUAGAGCACGAUAGGGCUAAAAUUGUUGGAAACGGAAAGGAAGUUAUGGAUAUGCACUUACCAGAAGAUUUUCCUCUCUCAAUCAAGUAUUAUGGACUGUAAUACUAUUAGCUCCUUUCAUCAGAUGUAAGCCUUUGCUGCUAACCCUUUUCUUGAUAUCAGAGUUGGUGAUAGUGGGAAGUUCAUUUUAUGUGGAGCAGUUGGUUGUGUAAGUAAUGUGGCUUCAAAUUCCUUCCGUCGUCUCAUUAUCUUGUUCAUCUGAAUAUGAUUAAUGAAUGAAUUAUUUUCUCUUAUCAUA